AUGGAAUCUCAUUAUUGUCGUUCGUCUACACAAAAACAAUAUUUGGAACCUAUUUGGCAAACCUUGCAAGAACUGUAUCGCUUUUAUGUGAAUAAUUAUUGCAAUGAACAGAACGUAAAGCCUUAUUCACGUACAGUUUUUAACGAAACCUUUCAUGAGAUGAAUCUUUCUUUAUUCCAUCCCAAAAAAGAUCAAUGCGAUACAUGCGUAUCUUACAAGACUCAAAAUGUAACAGAAGAAGAAUAUCAGCAACACCUGACAUUGAAGCAAGAGGCAAGAAAUGAAAAAAUGGCAGACAAAAGUGACUCAACCACAGAAUUUGUUUUUACUAUGGAUUUACAGUCUGUUUUAUUAGCUCCUAGGAACAAAGUUGCGAGCAUGUACUAUAAAACGAAAUUGGCGGUACACAACUUCACAAUUUAUAACAUAAAAAAUCAUGAAGGGUACUGCUAUCUAUGGAGUGAAGCUGAAGGAUCUCUGACUGCCAACGAAUUUUCGUCAAUUUUAGUAGAGUUUAUUGAAAAACAGGUCUUACCAAAGAUGAAUGAUAGCAACAGAACAAUAAUAUUUUGGAGUGACGGCUGUACUGGACAAAAUAGGAAUGCAUGUUUGUCUAAUGCUUUACUAAAUACAUCAAUGCAAUAUAAUAUAACUAUAUUUCAAAAAUAUCUCUUUAAGGGCCAUACACAAAUGGAAGCCGACUCCAUGCACUCCACGAUAGAAAAACGAAUUCGAAAUAAAGACAUUAAUGUACCAGCAGAUUAUGUGACACACUGUGAACAUGCUAGGCUGAAGCCAUUUCCUUACAAGGUGUUUUAUUUAGAUUAUUCUUUCUUCAAGGAUUUUUCAGAAAUAAAACAUUAUACUUCUAUUAGACCUGGCCGCAAAGUGGGAGAUCCUACAGUCACGAACUUAAAACAACUGAAAUAUGAAGAAGGGGUAAUAAGAUAUAAAUUAAGGCAUACUGAUAAUACUUGGCAGGAAUACAGUCAAAGAACAAUAGGGCAGAAAAAGCAACACUUGAAUAGUGCCCUAUUACCAGUAUUAUAUAGAGAGAGAAGAAAAAUUAAAAAAGAGAAGUUCGAGCAUUUACAAUCACUAAAAAAGAGCCUAAAAGCAGACUAUCACUACUUUUACGAUAACAUUCCCCAUUAUUAG